AUGUCGCGCAACGUCUCGUCCUGGAUGCGCAGCGCGGAUUGCAACACCUCCUCGGACGCUGCUUGGUGGUCACUUACGAGCUUGCUCACGUCGCGCGAAGCUCUGCCCAUCUACCUCGUUGUCGCUCUGUUCGUGCUGAAACAGCUGCCGAUCGUGCUUGAACUGUACUCGACUCGAUCUUGGCACUCGACUGCCUCGGCGUACGUUGUGCCUGCCGAAACGCGCCAUGCUCGCUUCCUGCCUGCUCGAUCGCGCCAUGCGUUUCACUACAAGACGCUGUACGUCGGCGUGCGCUUGGACCAGCUGGAAGCGCGAAACCUCGAUAUGGGCCAUGCAUUCGCGUGGAAAGGCGCAGUGCUGCAGCCUGAAUUCGUCAAUCAGUCGGCGUUGGCUGAGCGACCGACUGUGACUCCUGCAGGCCAACGCGCAGCGUGCGAACAAAGCGAUCAAGAGCGCUGGAAGAACCGUAUGCGAACAGCCGAGAGGAUCGAGCGCAAGAAACUGGACGAGAAGCGCGCUAGGAACGAUCGAUAUACGUGGUCUUUGACUGGUUUGCAUCCAGAUGCCUAUCUGCGUACGCACAUUCCCAUUCCAGUCAGCGACGAUGCAGCCGAGCAGAAACGCAAGUGGAUCUCGGCAUCGAUCCUCUUAAAGCUCGCGUACGAAUUGAGAGAGCGCGGCUAUCUCACCGUUGGACCACAGGAUUCUGAUAGCUCGGCUGUGCGCGCAAACCACUGGACACAAGAGCUCGGUCACGUAUGGACCGUGACCAUGCCAUCGAUCGGCGGCAUCACCGGAAUCAACCCGCUGACGGUGCACUACUGCUAUCGUCCUUAUGGGUAUCGUAGCAACGCUCGCCGACAUGCUGAACCUCUACGCGUUAAACAGGACGAAAGACGAGGUGUGUUCUGGUUGGUCGUCCUCGAAGUGCACAACACUUUCAGCGAACGCCACAUUUACGUGCUUGAAGCUGGCGAGCGCGAGGAUGAGCAAACUGACGCGGCACCACUGCGGAUCGCGACCAAACGCACCAGAAAAGGCUACGACCAUCAAUGGACAUUCCCGCGUUCAUUCCACGUUUCACCGUUCAACGAUCGAGGUGGAUACUACCGCCUGUUUCUCAAGGAGCCUUUCGCCAACGCAGACGAAUCGGGCAAACCAAGCACAUUUGUGCUGCGCAUUCGACUGCUGCUUCUCGUCGAAGCACAGCGUGCUCGUUCGACCAACGCGCCGACUCUAGAAAAGAAGCUCAUGGCUACGCUCGACUCGAUCUCACCAGCACCUCUCCCUGCCAGCUCUUGCAAAACUCAAGCGCAUACAAUCCCGCCAGGCCGAGCCGUCCGACCUCUUUCGCCAGCGACGCUCUACGCCGCUCUCCUGCGACAGCCAAUCGACCUGUUUCUCACAUUUGCACGUAUCUUGUACCAAGCUGCCAAGCUACAUUUUGGUAAGCGACUCGAUGCGUUCGGUCGGCCCGACAUGGUGCAGUCGAGCGAACACACCACAGAGCAGACGUACGACGGUGUGGGUCUACCACCCGCCUUGAAUCCGAUUCAGCCACAUCGUCACGCGUCCGUUGGUCAAGCAGCAUCACGCGCAGCGGGACUGCUGUAUGCGCCCGCGGGGUGGACCCAAGUUGUGGCUAAAGAGUACGUCGCCGGUUUGCUGCAGCGCAGAGUGGAUGAGCUGCAAAUCCAGUGCCAGCAACGCUGGACGGUGGAGGUGAGAUCGACUGAUCCUGCCGAUCCAGGGUUGCACAUUGCUGCAUCCCUGGCAGAAAUCGGUGGAGAAGAAAAAUUGCUCGUGCUAUACACGCGAUCGCAUAGCGUAUACACCGACCUGAUGAGCUACCAGCCACCUCGACUAGCGCUCCUGCUUGGCAGCAUCGUAGGCAGACGAUGGGGUGUCAACUCGGUCCAGCUCUUUGACCAAUUUUUCGCCCACGCGCAGUGUCUACCGACGAACGGGGUGCGAAAACGACACUUGGACUUGCUCCUCUCGCCACAAGCAGAUCCACGCAAGGCCAUCGAGCAGCUGCACUCGUUCGCGAUUUCAUGCGCUCCGCCAUCUUCGACGGCACAGAGCGCCAGCGAAGGUUGCAAAGUAUGGCUGGCGCUUUGGAUAGGCCUCGUCGCUGCAACGGCCGAAAAACACGUGUUUGGCUGGUUAGGCGCCAGAUACGUAAAGGGCACCGAACCCUGGUUCGAGCUGCAGCGCGCGCUGCAAUAUAUACAGGCAGCCACGCAAGGCGACAAAGACUACAAAAUCGCCGCCAGUUGGGAUACACGAUUGGGUAGCGUUUGCCAUGUUUGA